CAAAUUUCCCCAAACGAAUCAUGCUGGCUUUAAGAAGAUUGAACAAUUUUCAAAAAUUAUAUAAAUUUAAUAAAAAUAUAAAUAUUUUACCUUUUUAAAAAACCAAUUACUAUAACAAUCUAAAUUUCAAACUUACUUAUUAAAUGGGUCUUGACAUUAACGACUUCAGAAAGGAAAAGGGUGGUGAUCCCGAAAAGAUUAAGGAAUCUCAAAGAAGAAGAUACGCAAAAGUUGAAUUAGUUGACGAAGUCGUUGCAUUAGACGAAGAAUGGAGAAAGUCCUAAUAUAACUACGAACAAGCCAGAAAGGAAUUGAGAAUUGUUCAAACUGCUAUCGGUGAGAGAAAGAAGAAAGAUAAGACUGAUGCUUGUGAAGAUCUCCUUGCUGAAAAAGCUAAAAUCGAAGAAAAGAUCAAGGCUUUAGAAGUUGAAAGCAGUGAAAAGAAAGAAAAGUUAGAAGUUACUUUGAAGAAGAUUGGUAACAUCGUUCAUGACUCUGUCGUUGUUCACAACAACGAAGACUUCAACGGAGUUGUUAGAACUUGGGGUGAUGAUAUCAAGAGAGUUAUUAAGAUUGACGAAACUCCUGGUGCUGCUCACCACCAUCAAAUUCUCUACAUGCUCGAUGGCUUCGACCAAAAGAGAGGUUAAAAGAUUGCUGGUCACAGAGGUUAUUUCUUAAAGAACUACGGUGUUCUUUUAGUUCAAGCUUUAUGUACUUUCGGUUAAUAAUUCUUAAUGAAGAAGGGUUACUGCCCUAUGUACACUCCUUUCUUCAUGAAGAAGGAUGUUAUGGGUGAAACUUGCUAAUUGUCUGACUUUGAUGAACAACUUUACAAGGUUGACUCCACCAGUGUCAUGCAUGCUGAAGAAUAAAAGACCUUAAACGAAGAUAAGGAAAAAUACUUGAUUGCCACUUCUGAACAACCCAUUUCUGCCUUCCAUUCUGGUGAAUGGAUUGAUUCUAAGGAACUUCCCUUAAGAUAUGCUGGUCUUUCCACUUGCUUCAGAAAGGAAGCUGGUGCUGCUGGAAGAGAAACCUGGGGUGUCUACAGAGUCCACUAAUUCGAAAAGGUCGAAUAAUUCGUUCUCUGCAAGCCUGAAGACUCUUGGGAUGAACUCGAAAGAAUGAUUAAAAUUUCUGAAGAAUUCAUGUAAGAACUCGGCUUACCCUACAGAGUUGUUAAUAUCGUCUCUGGUGCUCUUAAUGAUGCUGCUGCUAAAAAGUACGAUCUUGAAGCUUGGUUCCCCGGUUAUGGUCAAUACAAGGAAUUGGUUUCUUGCUCUAACUGUACUGACUUCUAAUCCAGAGGUUUGAACGUCACUACCGGUGAAGUCAUUCCUGGUAAGAAGGACGGUGAUAAGGGUAAUGAAAAGAAGUUCGUUCACAUGCUUAAUGGUACUUUAUGUGCUGCUUAAAGAACCUUAACUUGUAUUUUAGAAAAUUAUCAAGAAAAGGACGGUGUUCGUGUUCCUAAAUGCCUCGUUCCCUUUGUUGGUACUGAUUUCCUUCCUUACAAGUUACCUAUGCCCAAAAAGACUGAAUUCUAAUGAUUAAACUAAAAAUAAAAACUCAACCACUUUUAUUAUUUGUAUCUAUCUAUCUUUCUAUGUAUUUUUAGUAAAAUAUUUUUUAUUAUUACUUAAAAAUAUUUAAUUCUUUC